AAAGUUUUAAAAAACAAUAAUAAUAAAAUAAAGUACUUCCAUAGGAGGAGCCAUGGAAGUAGCUCCAUAGGGCUGUCUUUUUGAACCCCCACAAAAGAACGCAUUAAAAGAGAAGCCAAAAUUCCCUCUCUCUCCCUCAUUCCAUCUCUGGUUCAAAGCGAAUGAUAAAACUCGAGAACUGUAAUAAGGCAGAACUUAAUAGUUCUGGGUUUAGUUUUUUCCCUGGUGCUCUCAUUUUUGCAUUUAAAAAGAAAAAAGGGAGUUCGAACAAGGUCUGAGAAGAGAAGUAUUUCAAUGUGCAGUGGAUCAAAGAAGAAACCAACUCAUACAGGUGUCUUCAUGGGGAAUGAAUUUCAAAAAGAUGGGUAUUGCAGUGAUCUCUCUGUUUUGCUUGAAUUGUCUGCCUCGAAUGAUCUGAUUGGAUUUAAGAGAGAAAUCCAAGGAGGCCGUGAGGUUGAUGAGCCUGGCUUAUGGUAUGGGGGAAGAAUUGGCUCAAAAAAGAUGGGGUUUGAGGAGAGGACUCCCCUCAUGAUUGCUGCCUUAUUUGGAAGCAAGGAUGUCUUGAGUUAUAUCUUGGAAAUGGGCCAUGUUGAUGUUAAUCGGUGUUGUGGGUCUGAUGGCGCCACAGCCCUUCACUGCGCUGUUGCAGGUGGUUCUGCAUCUUCUGUUGAGGUUGUCAAGCUCUUGCUUGCUGCCUCUGCUGAUCCUAACGCUGUUGAUGCCAAUGGAAAUUGUGCUAGUGAUUUGCUUGUUCCAGUUGCUUGUUUCAGUUUUAAUUUGAGGAGACAGGCACUAGAGCUUGUGCUAAAGGGUGGCUGUACUAGUGAUGAAUCUUGUGUUUUGGCUGAUCAGAAUCCUGAUGAAAUAGAUGUGCAACAGCAGCAGGAAGUUUCAACUCCAAGAUUAUUUAAAGAUGGGACUGACAAGAAAGAAUAUCCUGUCGAUCUCACUCUUCCUGAUAUCAAUUAUGGUAUAUAUGGUACUGAUGAAUUUAGAAUGUAUACAUUUAAGGUGAAGCCUUGCUCAAGGGCAUAUUCCCAUGAUUGGACAGAAUGCCCAUUUGUUCAUCCUGGUGAGAAUGCAAGGCGGCGAGAUCCAAGGAAAUACCAUUAUAGUUGUGUCCCAUGCCCUGAGUUCCGGAAGGGUUCAUGCAGGCAAGGUGAUGCUUGUGAAUAUGCACAUGGUAUUUUUGAGUGCUGGCUUCACCCUGCCCAAUAUCGAACACGUCUCUGCAAAGAUGAGACUAAUUGCUCAAGAAGGGUUUGUUUCUUUGCUCACAAGCCUGAAGAGCUUCGACCCUUGUAUGCCUCAACAGGUUCAGCUGUGCCUUCACCAAGAUCUCUCUCAGCCAACGGUUCAGCACUAGACAUGGGUUCUAUCAGUCCACUUGCCCUCGGUUCUCCAUCUGUCAUGAUACCACCUACAUCAACCCCACCCGUGACUCCUACUGGGUCCUUAUCUCCUCUGGGUAGUUGGCCCAGUCAGUCUAAUAUUGUGCCCCUUAACUUGCAGCUUCCUGGUAGUAGGCUGAAAUCUGCACUGAGUGCUAGAGAUAUGGAUAUGGAUGCAGAGUUGUUUGCGCUUGAUAGUCACCAUUGCCGGCAACAACUGAUGGAUGAGAUUUCUGGUCUCCCCUCACCUUCCAGUUGGAACAAUGGUUUGUCCACUGCUUCAGCUUUUGCUAUCUUUGGUGAUCGAACUACGGAGUUGACUAGGCUUGGAGGAGUGAAGCCAACUAAUCUUGAGGGUAUUUUUGGAUCUCUUGAUCCUACAAUUUUGCCUCAAUUGCAAGGACUCCCAGGGGAUGCCACUGCAUCGCAAUUACAGUCUCCAACAGAGAUUCGGAUGCGCCAGAACAUUAACCAGCUGCUUCGCUCAAGCUACCCUACCAACUUCCCAUCUUCUCCUGUGAGGACACCAUCUUUCAGGAUUGACUCAUCUGGUGCAGCAGCAGCAGCAGUUUUGAAUUCAAGGGCUGCCUUUGCAAAUCGGAGCCAGAGUUUCAUUGAGAGAAGUGCUGUGAACCGUCAUACUGGGUUUUCUUCACCAACUUCUUCAGCAACUAUACUGCCUUCUAAUCUUUCAGACUGGGGUUCACCUGAUGGCAAAUUAGAAUGGGGCAUGCAAGGACAAGGGCUUGAUAAACUGCGAAAGUCUGCUUCCUUUGGCAUUCGAAGCAAUGGCAGCAGUUUGGCAGUAGCUGCAGUCUCAGAGCCUGCAACUGUUGACAAGCUAGAUGUGUCAUGGGUUCAGUCCUUGGUAAAGGAUACCCCUCCUCAGCAUUCUGGGCACUUCAGCUUUGAGGAACAGCAACAGCAAUGCCUUAUUAACACUGGAGGUUCAGAAAUGCUUCCAGCUUGGGUAGAGCAAUUAUACAUUGAGCAGGAGCAGAUGGUGGCUUAAAACAACAGUAGCCCCCAGUUGGCUCCUAAUUAACAUUUUAACUAGUAGUAAUUUUUUCUUAUUUUUUUCAAUAUUUACUAGCUUAAUAUAUAUCUAGGCGGAAAGUAAUUGAGAAAGAAAAGAAAAAAGGUCCAAGAAGAAGAACAAAAAAAAGAAAAGCUGGGCAGGAUGAAGGGUUAUCUGCUCAUGGUGUUAUUAGGUAAUGAUAAACAAUAGAUUCUUUCUAUUUACUGGGUAUAAAUAUAUUCUUAUGAGGCAUAUUUUUGUGCUGAUGAGAGAAUCCAAUGCAAAAUAUCUAAUUUCAUUUUA